AGUCGUUGUAGAGGAACACCGAUGUGCGCCCGUAUGUACUCGGUGUAUUUGAAGCUACGUAAAUUUUUAAUAUCCGAGAGCGCUACGUCUUAUAUAUUUUUGAAAUAAAAACUCCUUCGCACGCUCUUGUUUAUGUUUUGAAUUUUCUGUGAAUGAGUGAAACUUUUGGCGGGAUAAUUGAUGGAAUGAUCACCGUGCGGUUGUGAUCUCAGUUAUAUCGUUUUGCGAAGUGCUUUUAAUAAGUUUUCUGAAGUGUUCGCGUGUAGAGAUUUGUGCGAGCGUCCUGAAAUUUAUUCAUUGGACAGAAGCAGCAUGGUAUGAGUGGCCGGGUAGGCGCGACAUGCGGCGUGCGCCGCUCGCGCAACCUGCCGCCGUCGCUCUCGCGCUUUUUGUUCUUCUUCACUUCGUUAACGCUGGAUCAAUAGGCCCUGGUGUGCCAGAGAAUAUAACUGUAACUUUUCUGAAUCCAACUACGGUGAGAGUCUCGUGGUCUACUGGUGCAGAUCUAGUAGAAAAGUAUGACGUCACGUACAAGCCAUCCGAUGCUAGUUACAGAGUGGUGCUGGAGGUGGCUGGUAAUUCCGAUGCCGUUAUUUUAAGCGGACUUGAAGCAGACACACAGUAUCAGGUUACCGUAGCUGCCCUGUGGGGCGGUCAUAAGUACCGCAGCAGACCCAUUGUCUUCCGCACGCUGGAGCCCCCUCGGACUUCACCGCAACAGGACGGGGGGCUGGUGGGAGCGACACCCCGUUCCUCCGUUUCACCGCCCGAUCCCUCACCCACCUUCCCCACGAUACGAGGAGUGGAAAUAGGCAUCGUUGUGCUAGUGCUGAUUGUAUGGAUCGGGGCUAUUGCCCUUUUCUUCAACCGCUGGGGAAAAAUUCGAAUGUUACUACCAUAUCAACCUGACUAUAAGCAAGAACAGUUAAAGGUACCAGGAAGCAGUGCCUUAGCAGCGGCUACUGCGGGAGGUACAUGCGGAGGCCACUCCGCACCGUCAGCUUGUUCGCAUAUGCGUUGGUCGCACACGCACACCCAAAGUUUGGAGUGUGAGGAGAGAUUGCUGGCGCGGUGUAAUCGGCCGCGCGUUAACUCUGCAAUUUUUGUAUCGGCUGAGCCAACUGGAUUCGCUGGCUUUGAUCCUGGCGAGUUCCUAAGGCGUCAUGGUUCUCAGUCUAAACUUUGUCGCAAAGCAAGGUCUGCUGACAACAUACCACUAACAACGAUGAGCGACUCCUCGGAGCGGCUUUGUAAAGCUAAGGCUCCUAGGGAAGAAACAAUUAAUGAAGAAGCGAGUAAGUCUGACGAUAGUGGAAGUGUCGAGACGGUAAAGCACUUUGGCCUUCCUAUUCUCUCAGUCUCCGGUCCUUCACCUCCAGUAGAAGAUUACGACCAAAUAGAUGAGUACCUGUAGCAUUUCCAUACUAGUUUCCAGCUGAAAUAUGUGCUGGAAAAAAUGAGGCCACCUUGGCCCAGUCCUGCACAAAGUCCUAAGUCUGAUGAUUAGACUUACGAUAUCUAGCACUCAGCGCAUGGAAACUGUCUAUUAUACUUUCCUUCCACAGUGUCUUGGUCACAGAACUACUAUGUAUGUGAUAUUCACGCCACAUCGAUUUUCGUCUGAUGACUUUUACCGUGUCUUGUCAAGGGACCAUAGUGAUUUGUGUGAAGUGUUUUUCAUUAUUCCUUUAGAUAUAAAUUUAUAUAACUAUAUCCCCAUAUUCUCUAUUGAGUGAUAAGUUGAAUUGAACCAGUGGUUUAAUUACUUAUUAUAAUAUACUUAAUACUAUGUAAGAAGUGCACAAAAGUUCGUAAUUAAAUUUUAAAAGUGCCACUUUUAUUCUUAAUUUCUAUACAAGAAUGGUGUCUAUAUAUGUAUUCUUCUAAGCAAUCUCUUCUAAGCGUAACAUAAAUAUAGUAUAUAUAAAUAAUAAUCUCCAAUAUCGUAAAAAUUUUAAUAAAACUUCGUUUGUAAACUCUAGUGAAUACGAGUAGAUCAUUUCUUAAUAAUAGGCAAGAAUUUAGUAGUUAUAAUAUACUUAAACAAAAAAAAAAAAUGAAUACCAUUACUAUUCAUACUUACUAUAGAAAACUAUUUUAUCUAUCAGUAGCAUAAAUUAUUAUGAAGUGAAUUGAAGGUUGAAUUUUGGUCCAAUGAAAUGUAAUAACUGCACGACACUUGGUGUUAUAGUAAAUGUAAGAAAUCUUAUAGAGAUAACGGAAGUAAAUCAAGGAGUAAUGUGACUUUGGAGUGCUUAGAUAAUUACUUAAUAUAUUCAUAGCAUAUAGACUUGAAAAUUAUAGUUUAAAUAAUAGUAAUUACACAAUUAUAGAAUUUAAUAUAUUUAAUAAAUUUUCUUUAAAUAUUUUCUUUUCAAAUUAUGGUGUCAAUUAAGGACCUAUAAAUUAUAAAAAUAUUUACAGGAAUAUUUAUAAGAUUGGUGUUAAGACCUAAAGGCACUAAUUAGGUCUGCAUAAUGUUUUGUUUACAAUUUUGUACUCGACUCUUUGAAAUUCACAUUGAUUGGUACUGGUAAUUUGGGACCAGAUGGAAAAUUAUGUAACUAUGUACUUUGGGUGAACUCAUUUAAAAACAGUCAUAAAAUAAUUGUAAAAGUAAGACUAUUUAAUUCCCUCCAAUAUCAUUAAACUCAUAUUUAUUCAAAGUUCAUGUACAUUUUAAUUAUAAUUCGAUCGCUACUCCUCUUUUUAAUUAAACUUUACUAUUGUGUGUUUAUAAAAAUAUUGUCUAAUAAAUGUUGGUCAAUUAAAUGAAAAUCAAUUUAAUAUAUAUUUUUUAUAAUUUAUACUUGCGAUGGUUGGCACUUGGUAAAACUUCAUCUUUGUUUUGGAUUGACAUACGUACCUGAUUAAAAUCAUGCCCUGAUGAUGCCGUAAGUCAAAAUCGAUCGACUUUAUAAAAAAUGAAUUUGUAAACAAGUACAUGUUGUGUCAAUGCAAAUCAAUUUUUUUUUAAUUUAAUAUCAAACCAGAUUUUAAUUAAGUUGCAGAACCAAAGUAAAUGUAGAAUUGUUCUUGAUUAGAAUUAUUAUUUCUAAGUGGGUCUACUCGUAAAUAUAUUAAGUACAACGAUGAUAGAAUUGUUUGUUAAUGAUUCCUUAUAAUUAGAAAAUCUAUAAUUACGCUAGCAUUUUAGAUGAUAUAUUGAGUAUUUCAAAAUAAAUCAUUGUGGAAAGUUACAAAAGACGGGAAGAUAUUUUAACGAAAAAGAUGCUGUUACAAGUAACAUGUGACUUGUUUUACGUACGAAAGAAGUUAUAUUGUGCCAAGAAACAAUUAUUUCCAUAGCCACUAAAGCCUAUUAUUUUAUAGAUUAUAUAAAAUAAUCCAGUCUCCUUGUACUCAAUAUUAAGAAAACAGACAAAACCUUUCACUCAUAUUUUCUUCGAUUCUAAAUAAAUAAGUGAGUAGUUUUAUUAACUAUAAUUAAAUCAAGAAGGAAGAUGUACAUAUCUAUAAAAACACAAUGUAUGCUCAUAUACCCAAUUAUUGUAAGAUAAGUUAUUUGUAAUGAACAAACUAAUUGUAAUUAUAUUGACAUCUACUAUGGUACUUAUUAAUUAUCACAAUGAAAUAAAAUAUUGACAAU